AUGACCAUAACCGAGCAAAAAGAUGGUCAUAAGAUCUGUGCCUACUUGGAAAAAGAGGAGAAAGAGGAGCGAAUUCAAGCCGAUUGGAAAUUCGCCGCUAUGGCUGUCGAUCGAGCCUGCCUUAUUAUGUUUACUGUGUUCAUUGUGCUAUCAACCAUCGCUAUCUUUCUGUCAGCACCUCACAUCAUCGCCUGA